AUGCAUUAAUUUUAAAUGAAACUAAUUUAUAACAAACAGAGCUAGACUCUCUUCUUUAUAAUAAUUUUUAAAGAACCGUAAUUAUCAAAAUAAUUAAGCUUAUUUUACUUAGCCAAAAGUUCAAGUUAGGAGAGACUUGACAAUACUUCUAAUGCAGAACCUAUAUCUUAUAUGCCUUAAUCUCUAAUUGAAUUAUUGCUAUUAAUAUUUAAAUAAAUCAAACUUUAUUAUCUUCUAUUAAAAAUUCAUAUAAAAAAUAAACUAUAAAAAAUGUAAAUCAAACGCAAACAAACACAAAUAAAAAUUAAAAAUUGA